AUGACGCAAUUGACGCUUUCUUUAAUCGUUGACCAAGCACAUAAAUCAAACGCACAGUACUACAAGAAAAUAUUUGAACCAGAAGACUGGAACAAACUUACGAAGGAGAAAAUAGAAAUCGAAGAACUGAGCGACGAUUUUGAAAAUGUUGUGAACGAAGUCAUCCAGGGAAUCCACCAAGCAUUAAGACAGCUAUCACACCAUAAGAACAUGCUAUUGCAAAUGGAUAUCGACAAUGAAUUUUACAAGGCAUUGAUAUUUUGGAUUAUUUCAUUCAGGAAUACUACCUAUGAAUUCUCACUGGAGCUCGCAUCAGCCAAAACCAAAAAAGUAAAAUUACACAAUGAAUGGUUGUAUGGUCCUGGUGGCAGUUUCACCACUACCUAUAAUGUUAUAGGACAAAAGAUCGAUGCGAUUGUUACCACUGGAGACACUGAAAUCGCAUGCUGUGUAUGGAAGGCACCUGGUAUUACGACUUCUGUAGCCCAUGAACAACAAACCAAAAACAUGAGAAGCAAUGCCUAUCUUUGCCGUAACUUGAACUCCCUGCCAUUUGCCAAGGACUGCUCCCCACACGUGCUCUACAUGGAUUGGAUUACCUAUGUGCCUCCAGUGUUAGCACGGAAGGAAUGCCAAGAAGAACAUGAAAAGUAUGAUCACAAAGUGCCAGAAUCUGAAUUCGAUACAGCAGAUCCUGAGAUCUUCUAUACUCCUAAAACAUCCCGAGCGUAUGCAGCAACCCCAGCUGAGUGA